GUCCGGAGGGGCGUGGCCAGGGCGCCGCGCUGCCUGUCAGUCAGCGCUCAGGGACAGUUUGACCCUCGCUGCUUUGCAGAAAGCUGCUGUAAGCCGAACCGGACCGGAGUCCAACAGUUUCCACUAAGCCGCCGCUGUCGGAACGGGAACCGACCCGAACCGGUGAACUGAGCCAUGCGGUUCUGACCCGGUCCGGACCGGUGGAUGAGUCCAGAGCUGCAGCUGAGCGUCGCUGUGCCGCAGGAUGAACGGAUUUGAUCCUCCAGCUCUGAACGUCUUCAGCUCCAACAUCAACGGACUCGGCGCUUCGUCUCCGGAUCCUCCCAGGAAUAAAGCCAAGAGUGGUGCCAAAGCUCUGUAUGAACAAAGGAAGAACUUCUCCAGAAGCAGCAUCAACAGCCUGACCGACACGUCGCAGUACCAGGUGGAGCACCUCACCACGUUCGUUUUGGACCGGAAAGAUGGGAUGAUCACGGUGGACGACGGCGUACGGCGCCUGCGCCUGCUGGAUGCCAAGGGGAAGGUGUGGACGCAGGAAAUGCUGCUGCAGGUGGAGGACAAGGCGGUCAGCCUCAUCGACCUGGACUCCCAGGUAAGACAGGAUGUCCAGAACCAGAACCUGUUAGAACGUCUGGCUGGUUCUGGAUCAGCAUGUUUGUUUUAUCUGGGUGUGCAGAUCUGAUCUGGUAGGAGUCUU